AGCUGUAGUGACAAUGACAUGACUAUACGUGAGUUAGGUUAAUCAAUACUUGAAAAAUGACCGAUAUGCUCCAGAAUAUAACAUUUGGAACAGUUGCUGCGGUCGUCAUUGGAGCGUUAUUUGGUUGUCUGGGAUGCAUUGCUAUAUGUCUUUUAUGUUGCAGAAGAAAAAUAGCUACAAGACGACCUCCAGGAUCCAGUCAGGCUCAAAUCUUACCGGUUCCAUCUGUAAACCAAGGUCCAUGUUACGAAACACCUCUGGCACAGGCGCAAUGCCUCGAUGCCCCACCAUCUUAUGAAGACCUGGCCCGAACUGCAGAUUCACCUCCACCAUACGAAUAUCCAACACUAUUAACUCUCUCUCGGAGAAAAUCAGGCCAACUGAGAGUCCCUUCGUCGCCGGCACAUUCUAGCUCUAAUAUGGAAGCGAAUCAUAUCGUUGGAUGGCAGGAACAUCCAGGCCGAAAACUCUAGCAUCGAACACUCAAAACUUUAAUUCAGAGUUUGUAAGUGUCUGAAGGUUUGGAAAAGCAAACAACAUUGGCAAAACAACAUUGGCAAAACAACAUUAAAAUGCAAGCUAACGUUAGGCCAAGCUGGUCAUCACUUUUAAAUACGCUUAUCACGUUGGCUACUUCGAAUAAUGGUGGCGGAAGGAAAUGUGAGACAAGCAUAAGUAAAUCUGGCCAUUUGUAUCAUUAAAAUAUAAAAAGAUACAACAUUUUUUAUCAAAACUUUCAUUGUUGUAAAGUACAAAUUUGAAUAAUUCACAUACUAUACAAUAUAGAUUAUAAAGUGUCUCAAAAUGAAUGCGAUUGGAUUGAGUAUGAAGAGCGUCAUUUCUAUCAAAUUAGAUGAUGCUGUUGUUGUCAGUCGACCUUAUGGCACAUUGCAGAAACACUGAAGUUAGCAAUGAGCCUACGAGGUAUCAUAAUCUGUGAAUCAUUUUUUACGGAUUGUGUACUGAAUAUGUAAUUGUUUUUGUAUUUUUAAUAUUAAAUUUUUUCUAAUGCGUUUCUGAAGUAUAAUAUACCAAAUGGUUUGUUUUACGAAGUAUUGUUUUUGCAAAUAAAUGUUUCCCUGCAUAUCCUUAGUUAUAUGCAAAACAUAA